UUCUUUGUCAAGACAGGGACAACUACACCAAUGAUCUCAGCCUAGAAAUUUAUGUCGUUCGGAAAUAAUUCUUAUUUUAUGGUACAAAGUAGGUUUUCGUUUGGAUGUACCUUAAAAAGGCAGAUGACUUUCUAGGGCAAGUCAACCUUAAACUUGUCCUUUUGUUCUGCUUUGCUUUGUUUUUUUUUUUUUUUUUUUUUUGUGGUUCCAAAAUGGUAGUUGGACCUAUAUUGUGAUGUCUCUGACUGUUUGGGUUAAUGAGCUUCUCUCGCCUGUUCAUUCGACUCGUAGAUCCAUCUCGUGCUGUAGCCGGUGUGUCAUUUUCGAAAGCUCAAAAAACUUUGAUUACAUAUUUUACAAUCAUCAUGUGAUUUUCCAUUGUGAUUUGACCUCAUUUACACAGAAUCACUUAGCUUAAAUACAAUUAAAUUUGUAAUUCUUUAUGGAUAAAUAACUGAAAAGUUAAAUCAGUUUUUUUUUUAAAAACUUUUUAACAUACAACACCAUAUACCAUAAAUUCAAAUGUUACAAUUACUUCACUGAAAAAGCAUAAUUUUUUCGUCGCACACCAAGAACAAUUUCUAAAUUGCCUUUGGGAUCAGAACUAAAAUAGCUAAUUAUCUCUUAUACAACUUGCAAUGCCUCUAACCACUCACGAUUAAUGUCUUUCUCCACAUGUUUACAUUGGCACGUGGAUCCCAUCCCAUAUGAUGAUCGUUCGUUAUUUCUGAAGAAUUGGUUAUUGACCUUGCAUUCCACAUGAUCUUUUCAUGUAUUUUAGUCUCACUGGCAUGAUAUAACAAAUCACUUUUAAUAGGUCAUCCAUCAUCUCGUUAUUCCAUCUCAAACAUAUUAUACUUUAAAGUUUUAUGGACAACUGACUGCAGAAUAAAAUAGCUGAAGAGGUAAAUAUACUUUAUUGACAUAAAAGCCAAAUAAAUUAUAUUAACUUUCAACAUAUACCACUAUAUAUCUAUAUGAGACUAUCCAUUUAUUUAUUCAAGGCUAAUACAACAUUUGUUUCGCAUAGGUUAGAAGUAUUUGACUAAUUCCACUAAACUUGCUUACAUGUUUUGAUUUUCUGAGCUAGUAACAAUCGUUUUUUUUUCUCUGGAUCUUGAUUUACCCACGUCCUUUGGAUAUAGUAAUCGGUGUGAUCAUUGUGUCGCGUUCCUCUUCUUUGAUCGGUUUUAUGCAUUUAUUUGACUCUAGUUUCUGGGACUAUUCAUCACAGAACAUUGAAAAGGGACCAAAUAAUAUGUUUGCUAGAAAGAUGAUUAUGUUAUAACAGCUUAGAUCAAUUGAAAUGGUCUUUCGAAAAUAAGUUUGCCUAUUGUAUGAACAAGAGAUUAAUAUAUACUUCUUUAGUUCUUUGGAUAAUGUAAAUAAUCAAGUUCUUUAUUGUGAUGUUGAAAACUUAGGCUCUGACUGGUGACCUUUUCGGGAACACGAGGAACAAAUAGGAAAGGAACGUAUAGGAAUAAAAUUGCAGGAAUUGGAAGGAAUGCUUGUUCCUUGUCAAAUUUAACCAGGAAUGUUUUUGUUCUAUAUUUCUCUACAAAAAAAGGAAUGGAGAGGAACAAAAAGAAAAAACUAUUCCUUGUGAAUGGUGAUUUUUUUUGGGAAUGAUAAGGAAUUCAGUGUUCCCCUCCGUUCCUUGGUCACCAUUCAAAGCCUUACUUUUCGUAGUGAUCUUCGUGUAUUUUAUUUUUAAAAUAUUAUAGUACAUUUACUUCGUAUGAUUGAAUUCUAUUUUAUAUUUGCAUACUGAAGACCAUUUCUCAUGUAGCCACAGCUUGGUUUGACGUCAAUGUGUGAUUGAGUUUGUUUAUAUAUACGCUGGUUACCAGCGGCUGGUAGUCUCACAAAACUUGGGGGCAUUUGUAGUGUUUUGAUAUUUCUUUAGAAGUAAUUAAUUAUGGAGGCUGCUUGUCGGGUUACGGUGGUGGUAUUAGGAACUCUGGCUGUACUUAUUCAUCUUGUUCAGGCUCAGGAUCAACAAGGGUUCAUCAGUUUGGAUUGCGGGCUACCCGCGGAAGAACUUUCUUCUCCCUAUGAUGAGCCAAGCACUGGUUUGCGGUUCUCUUCGGACGCAGCAUACAUCCAGAGUGGGCAAACUGGCAGUAUCCAACCAAACCGUGAGAGCCAAUACUUGAAACCGUACAGAAGGCUGAGAUAUUUUCCAAAUGGAUCACGAAACUGUUACAAUCUGAAUGUGGAAAAGGGAAGUAAAUAUUUGGUCAGAGCUUUCUUUGUGUAUGAAAAUUAUGAUGGUCUUAACAUUAAGCCCAAGUUUGAUCUGUAUCUUGGACCUAAUCUUUGGAGCACGAUAGAUUUUCAAGAACCAGAGGAGGAUGUUAGACGAGUCGAGAUGUUGCAUAUUCCAACGUCAAACUCGUUGCAGAUUUGUCUCGUUAAGAACGGGACGACUACUCCGCUAAUAUCCACCUUGGAGAUACGUCCUGUGAAAACAACGAUUUAUGAGACUGUAUCUGGUUCCCUCAAUCUUUACUUACGGACAUUUUUCAACAAAUCAGAUACUUACAUAAGGUACCCGAGCGAUAGAUAUGACCGAGUAUGGACUUCGUACUCUUCGUACUUCAGAAAUGAAUGGAUCCAGAUUUUCACCACUCUCCAGGUAGAAGUGAACAAUUUAGAAAAUUAUUAUGAUCCACCAAAUGCCGCACUCACAAGUGCUGCAACACCUACUAAUUCCAAUUUGCCAUUGAUGAUCAACUGGACUUCGAGUAAUGUUGAUAACCAAUAUUACUUCUACACACACUUCGCUGAGAUCCAAGAGUUGCAGACCAACGAUACCAGGGAGUUCAGCAUAGUUUGGAAUGGAGAAGUCCUACGCAGACAAUUCAUUCCUCCAAAAUUUAGUGCAUUUAGUCUCUAUAGGUCGUCGCCAAGCACUUGUGAAGGAGGGAAAUGCAGUCUCCAGCUGAUAAGAACUAACACAUCAACUCUUCCACCUCUGAUUAACGCUCUUGAGGUCUACACAGUUAUCCAUUUUUCGCAGUCUGAAACAAAUGAAAAUGACGUGGUUUCUGUUCAAAACAUCAAAACCAGCUAUAGAAUAAGUAAAAAUAGCUGGCAAGGAGACCCAUGCGUCCCUCAACAGCUUAUGUGGGAAGGCUUAAACUGCAGAAUCACGGAUAAGUCUACACCACCAAGAAUCACUUAUUUAAACUUGUCUUCGAGUGGUCUAACUGGAACCAUAGCGGAUUACAUUCAGAAUCUCACACAACUAGAAACUCUGGACUUGUCUAAUAAUAAUUUGACUGGAGAAGUGCCAGAGUUUCUAGGCAACAUGAAAUCGUUGGUGUUCAUAAACUUAAGCAGGAACGAUCUUAGUGGUGUGAUUCCUCAGGCUCUUCAGAGGAAAGGACUGUUAGAUCCUCAAGGGAACCCAAGACUUUGUCUCUCUGAUUCAUGCCUACCUCCCAAAUCCAAGCCAUUUCCAGUGGCAAUUGUGGCAUCACUUGCGUCUGUGGCCAUUAUCCUUGUUGUUUUGGUACUUGCUUUUGUUUUAAAGAAGAAAAAACGGUCAAUUUUAGGAGCUCUACAACGGCCACCUUCUAAUCCACCAGUUUCACCAAUCCAAAUGAAUAAGAAAAGGUUUACUUAUUCAGAGGUCAUUAAUAUGACAAAUAACUUUCAAAGAGUUGUUGGGGAAGGAGGAUUCGGUAUUGUCUAUCACGGUACUCUAAAUGUGUAUGAACAAGUAGCUGUUAAACUGCUUUCCCAAUCAUCGACACAAGGCUAUAAGCAAUUCAAAGCAGAAGUUGAUCUUCUUAUGAGAGUUCACCACACAAAUUUGGUAAACUUAGUAGGAUACUGUAAUGAAGGAGAUCACUUGGCUCUAAUAUACGAGUAUGUGCCCAAUGGAGACUUGAGACAGCAUCUAUCUGGGAAAGGAGGUAGAUCAAUUAUCAACUGGGGUAUUCGACUACGAAUAGCCUUGGAGGCUGCAUCAGGUUUGGAGUACUUACACACUGGGUGCAUGCCAGCAAUGGUUCAUAGAGAUGUAAAAACUACAAACAUAUUGUUGGACGAGCAGUUCAAGGUCAGGCUUGCUGAUUUUGGGCUAUCGAGAUCUUUCCCAGUUGGAGGUGAGUCUCAUGUUUCGACGAUGAUUGCUGGCAGUCCAGGAUACCUUGAUCCCGAAUAUUACCGUACAAGUCGGUUGACCGAGAAGAGCGAUGUGUACAGUUUCGGCAUUGUGCUAUUGGAGAUGAUCACAAACCAACCCGUGAUUGACCAAUCUCGUGAAAAGUCUCACAUAACACAAUGGGUUGAGUUUGAGCUAAUUAGCGGAGAUAUUAGGACUAUCAUGGAUCCAAACCUUCAAGGAGACUAUGACUCUCACUCUGCCUGGAGAGUUCUUGAUUUGGCAAUGUCAUGUGCAAAUCCUUCUUCCACAAAACGUCCAAGCAUGUCUCAGGUUGUUGUGGAACUAAAGGAGUGUCUUGCGUCUGAAAACUCAAGGAGAAAUAUGAGGAGAGGCAGGAUGGAAUUUCAUAGUCCCGCUAAAGUGAGCAUGCUCAUUGACACUGGGAUGCUCCCUGUGGCGAGAUAGUUUGAGCUGCUGCAAGUCACAUGUAAAAAGUCAUAGCCUUGCGUCUGAACUCGAGGAGAAUAUGCUUCGAUCAUCGACAUGUAGCAUAUUCUAUGUUUCUUUGUGAUUGUUUUUGUUUACUAAUGAACCAUGAAUCUGUUUGUGUAAAAUUUUGAGUGCCAUGCUGUGAAUGUUAUUGG